AUGGUGUUCAUUCUGUCAAUUGGCGUUGUACCCCUCUCAAGUCCUUUCAGAGGAUGUUUAGGACUAUCAUCUAUCAUGACCCGCUACCAGACGCUAAGUUUUAAUUGGGCCAGGAAAGAUUCUAGUAAAGUUGGCACAAUUUCUUUGGUAGGUCAUGAUCUUCCAACGGUCAUGAUGACGCCUGUGACACUCCGAACUAUCACGGCUUCCAAUCGGGCCAGGACGGCCGAACCGCCGUUAGAAUUACCCCUUCCGUCGGAUAUUUCUCCGUUCAACUUAUCCUCUGAACUUUAUUCGAUCGUCUCUGGUUUUAUGCGUAAUUGGGCCAGGAAAGAUUUUAGUAAAGUUGGCAUGAUCUCUUUGGUAGGUCAUGAUCUUCUGACAGUCAUGAUGACCCCCGUGACACUCCGAAGAAUCACGGCUUUCUUGGGUAACGUAACAGUAAUUUUCCUAGUGACGGUUGGGCCGUCCUGGGCCGAUUCUAUCGGCUAA